UCUGGCCGCGCGCGCCUCCACGACAACUGACUCCGUCGUCGACGUCGCCGCGGAGUACAUAGUUCGGCCGGCGCGCGGAAACGUCCGCGUGUACCCAUGUCGCUAGGAGCUUGAGGAUUCGAGAGGAAGACUGAUAACCGGCUGCGGAAGCUUCUGUGAGGGCUGGAGAGACUGCUCGUCUAGGCGGAAUUCGGACAGAGUCAGCGCCGCGGCAGAUACAUCGAAUCCCCGGAAGAAAAUCGAGAGAGAAGCGGUGAUGCCAGUGGCACAGGGAGAGCGAGCGUGCCUUCUGGUGACAACGCUGCUGGUCCACGCGCUGCUGGACGGCAGCGGUUCCGUCAACGCCGAGACUUUCACCCUGGGCUACAUAACCGGCUCGAAACGAAGACCCGGCGACUGGGAGUACUCCAGGCCUGGACUGCAGAUUUCCGGCGCCAUCACGCUUGCCAUCGACGAGGUGAACAGCGGCGAACUAGGCAGACGCGGUCACCGGCUGAACUUCAACGUCGCCGAAACGUACGGCGACGAGGAGCGCAGUAUCCUCAUGACGGCUGAUCUCUGGACGAGAAACGUCAGCGCGUACAUCGGGCCCCAGGAGACCUGCGUUCACGAGGGCAGAAUGGCUGCCGCUUUCAACCUGCCCAUGAUCUCAUACUACUGCACGAAUCACGAGACAUCGAACAAGAAGGAAUUCCCGACGUUCGCACGGACCCGACCCCCGGACACACAAAUCUCCAAGUCCGUGGUCGCGGUGCUCAAGGCAUUCAAUUGGACAAAGGUAGCCUUCAUAUACAUGAAUGCCUCGAGUUUCGACUCUUACGAGCGUCCGACAGUGGCGAAAACCAUUCUGUCAUCUCUGCGCUCGGCUGGUAUUUCGGUCAACAGUAUCAGCACCUGGGAGGAGUCCUACAGGGUCGUGGAGAACCUGGUCAAUCCGUUCCACAAGCUCGUCGACGAGACUCACGUGGAGGCGCGCAUUUACGUUAUUCUGGGAAACGUCGAGGAACACAUCGGUCUGCUCAUGGCACUGGACAAGAGGAAGCUUUUGCGGACUGGGGAGUACUGGGUCGUCGGGGUGAACACCGAGACCUACACCGACCGUGAGCCGGACGUCUACGUUCGCGGCUUGAUGAGGAAUCACACGGACACGCAUUCCCUCGGGAUCCUCCAGAGCUACUUCAGUAUUAUAGCUUCGGCUCCGAUCGGCUACCUGAAUUUCACGAACAAAGUUAACGAGUACAGGCAGAGGCCGCCGUUCAACUUUCAAAACCCGCUGAAGAACUUCAAGGAGGAGGGCUCGAUUCAGGCCGUGCCGGAAACUGCCUACCUCUACGACGCGAUUCACCUCUAUGCGCAGAGCAUUCUCAAGGCGCUCGAUGAGGGCCGGGAUCCACGAAAUGGUAAAGAGAUUAUUUCCUCGCUUUACGGCCUCCACUAUCGCAGCGCCAUGGGGUACAUGGUGUACAUGGACGAGAACGGAGAUCCAGAAGGCAAUUACACUUUGAUAGCGCUGGACAACCAAGCGCCCAAAGGUCCAGGACUCUACCCCAUCGGUCGCUUCAUCGGCAAGGAGAAUCGCACCAACUUGCCAAAACUGCACGUUAUACGGAGUAUUCCUUGGGUAAACGGCAGACCUCCUGUAGCCGAGCCUUACUGCGGUUACCACGGAGAAAAGUGCUAUUCUCACACUGGGGAAAUCGUCGGCGGCAUCGCUGGAGGACUGCUGUUGGUGUUACUCGCGAUAUCGCUGAUGCUCUACCGGAACUGGAAGUACGAGCAAGAACUGGAUUCGCUGCUCUGGAAAGUCAAUUAUAAGGACAUCGAGAUCAAAGAGACCAAGGAUGACUCAACUUCUCCCGGUGAGCAGCAGCUCUUUAAGAACAAUUCAAAGAAUCCGCUACAGCCACACGUGAGAACUAGUCAAGCUUCUCUGAGCUCGAACCCUGAUGCCGACUUUAGGUACUCGAUGAUCUACACGCAAGUGGGAAUCUACAAGGGCCGGAUAUUCGCAGUGAAGAAAGUGAAGAAAAAAUCGAUAGAGAUAACUCGAGAAAUGAAGAAGGAGCUCAAGAUUAUGCGGGAUUUGAGACACGACAAUUUGAACGCUUUCAUCGGAGCUUGCACCGACCCACCCAACAUUUGCAUAGUUGUUGAGUACUGUGCCAGAGGCAGUUUAAAGGACAUCCUAGAGAACGAAGACAUAAAAUUGGACAACAUGUUCAUGGCAUCGCUGGUCGGCGACAUAGUCAGAGGCAUGAUUUAUCUGCACGAGUCCGUCGUAAAAUUUCACGGUUCCCUCACCACAUCGAAUUGCCUGGUGGACUCGCGCUGGGUCGUUAAGCUGGCCGAUUUCGGACUACACGAGUUCAAGCGCGACGCCGAGCUCGAGCCCGCCGACGUCAUGAAGAAGUAUCGCGGCUUGCUGUACAAGGCGCCAGAGCUACUGCGACCGAGAGCCGUGGAGCCGACGAUAAGGGACUUCCAGAAGGGCGACGUGUACUCGUUUGCGAUAGUGCUUUAUGAGCUUCAAGGCAGACACGGACCCUACGGUAUCACCGAACUCUCUGCUCCCGAUAUUUUGAAGAGGGUUAUCACCGUCGAGAAUCCUCCGUUCCGGCCACCGUUAGAUCAGCUUGAAAAUUGUUUUGACUUCGUGCGAGACUGUCUCCUAGAGUGCUGGGCCGAGAAUCCAGACUUCCGUCCUGAUUUCAAAGUUAUUCGAAACAAACUGCGACCCCUGCGAAAGGGCAUGAAACCAAAUAUUUUCGACAAUAUGAUGGCUAUGAUGGAGAAAUACGCUAACAACCUCGAGGCUUUGGUAGACGAGCGGACGGAUCAGCUGUCCGAGGAGAAGAAGAAAACUGACGCUCUGCUGUACGAGAUGCUGCCGCGCUACGUAGCCGAGCAGCUGAAGCGGGGCCAUAAAGUCGAGGCUGAGAACUUCGAUUGCGUGACAAUUUACUUCAGCGACAUCGUCGGUUUCACCGCCAUGUCCGCCGAGAGCACGCCCCUACAGGUGGUCGACUUUCUCAACGAUCUCUACACGUGCUUCGAUUCCACCAUCGAGAAUUACGAUGUCUACAAGGUUGAAACCAUCGGAGAUGCUUACAUGGUCGUCAGCGGGUUACCCAUAAGGAAUGGGAUCCAGCAUGCUGGAGAGAUAGCGAGCAUGUCGCUGCAUCUUUUGGACGCGAUCAAACAGUUCUCGAUACGACACAGACCUCUGGAUAAGCUGCAGUUAAGGAUCGGUAUUCACUCGGGACCAGUUUGCGCUGGUGUGGUCGGCCUCAAGAUGCCACGCUAUUGUCUGUUCGGCGACACGGUCAAUACCGCCAGCAGAAUGGAAUCCACUGGCUCGCCCCUCCGCAUCCACUGCAGUACGGAAACGAAACAACUGCUGGACCAAUUGGGCGGUUUCAGUCUAGCAGAGCGUGGCUUGGUAUCGAUGAAGGGCAAGGGCGAAAGGUUGACCUACUGGCUGAUCGGCGAAGAGCCGUCGAUGCGGGAAGAGCGAAACCGCGAGCGCUUAGCUCGUCGAGCUGGUCUCACCGGAGGAACUGACAAUCUACUUCAUCCAAGCAGUAGCGGUGGUUACCUGGAUCCUCUGGUUCCGCGAAGCUCACUGAAGAACAAGUCUCUGGCCAGGGCAGCAUUCCUGAGGUGCUCGAGCGAAUCGCCCAAGAGGAUCAGGUUCGCCAGCUCGGACCACCUCGACCAGGCUGCUAAGGGGUCGAGGAGUAACGAUGGGAACAAGCUUGAGUCAAUCGUUGACGGGAGUCCUUGUAACGGUAGAGGCUUGUGCUCGUCCGGGAGAUCGUCGUGUAUGGAGGGGACUAGAUCAUCGAGCAGUUCCUGUCCCUGCGUGGAGCACAUCGGCGAAGCUCCUCUACCCCUUCGCUUACCGGCAGCCGUUCAGCUGAAACUAGCUCCACAUCUCGAUUGCAACGAUCAGCUGACCAACAGCGCGCCGAUAUUGCGAGCCGAGAGUCCUUUGGCCAAGGACUCGGAAAUAGACGAUGAGGAUAACGAUGGUGACACGGGUUGGAGGGUUGGCGGAAAGGUGCUGAGAUUCGGGAAAAAAGGCCUGCUAAGGGCAGCCUGCAGAUCGGCACCGAGUAGUCCCAAGAGAGGCUCGGCUCUGCUGGUCAGCAGUCCCAAAAGGGCAGUACAGUCUAACGAGGAACUCGACGAGUGGGAUGUCGCGCCACUGAUAUACUGCAACUCGAGCUCGCGUCGGUUCGAGUGAAGGAUCGAUUUUUUUUCGCUGAUGGAAUGCUUUGAUUCUUUUGAGAGUACUCGACGUUUUUGUAUAUUCGUUUGACUACGAAAUCUUCAACACAGCCUGUCAAUAGCAUUAGUCGAAGUUUAAAGAGGUGGUUUUUACAAUUCAGUAUGCAAAGCGCUGACGGAUUUUUUUUCAAAUUUUCAAGUGUGAACUAUUCGAGCAACGAAGUAUUUUGUCUUUUCACUUUAAAAAUGGGUUGUGAACAGCAUUUUUCGUAAACCAUGUUUGCUGCGAUAGUAUAUAAAUGAUAUACGUACCUAGAAAGCAUCGAUAAUAGUUAUAUUCCCGAGUGACAUAAUGUAACAGAACGAAGUGCAUUGUUUUAAUUGAACAAAUGAAUGCAGUAUUUACGUAACGGUAUUCUGGUUAGUUGAGUUGAACUUGACUAUACUUAUAUAGAUUAAUAAUAUAUAAGUUAUUUAUUUAUAGUUUAUUGUUAUACAACGUAUAUUUUCUUAUUUAAAUCUCUUUCAAGUUAAUUAUAAAUAAUCGUAAGAUAUAAAAAUAAUCUUCAUUGAUAUUAAAUAAAGUAAUGGAAAAACGUGUAAAGAUUCAUACGCAACGUGUUUAAUCAAGUAGCUAAACUUUUCAACGUAAACCUUAAUAAUAUAACGAUUAAAGAACUUAUUACGAUAAGGCCUUCGUAGCAUAAAAAUAGCAAGAAUGUUUCAACGAUUCCUGCACUGCCAGGCACAAUACAGUAGCAAAAUGAGAAGUUAGCACAAUUACAGCAGCUUGUAUUUUUCAAGAAUGUAAGAACAGAAAAAUGCUUUAUUUUCUAUUUUCCAACGUUUACUUCGUCUAUUCGCGACUUGCGUUUUUUAGAAUGUAUGGAGAAUCAGGAAGGCUCGUGCUUUUUCUCGAUAUUUUUGAUCGCAGAACAAUGCAGAAAUGCCUAAAUUCCUUGACACUUUACGAUUAUGUUAGAUCACAUACUAUUGUAAUAAUAACAACGAAUACAUGACAAUAACAGGUUUAGUUUUAAGGCGUAAUUUUUAUACUUGCGUUUUCUAUCAUCGUACUUACUGACAACAAGUAUCUUUUUUUAUUAUUAUAAUGCAAUAGCUUCCAUAGUAUAAAAUAUUGUUAAGGGAUAUGGAUGUAAAAGACGUAAUAAGAACCUCAAUAAAAUCUAGUCAAGGUUUCAGAGCGAUCUAAAUUUAUGUUUUGUUGAUAUUGAUGAAAAAUGAACCCAUUAAUCAAGGCAAAUUGGGCAUGACAGCUAUAACAAGAAAAAUAUGUAAACUUCACUUCUGUAAUAAUUAAAACAGCAAAGCUAUACAAGUGUACGAAACAAAAGAAUUCGAAAUAUACAUUUUAUCUAAA